UCAUCUCCCACAGAGUUUAACACGCACGCGUUCCCCAAAGCGCAUGGACCAAUCACUGUUCUUUAAUACUACAGACGCCUCUCCAACGCGAAGAGAGAAAGAAACGAACUAGAAGGCGCACUAAUCACCGUUCUCUGAAGUACCAUUUCACUCAGCUGCUCACCCAAUUUACACCACCUGCCUGUCUCCUCAGAUAUUUCUGUCGUUUUUUUUAAUUUAGUUUUGAUUCGAUUCUUUUGUAGUUUCAAUUUCGAGAGGUUUCUGCUUAAGUUAUUGUGGCAUUAAUUAUCAUAUAUCUGAUAUGCAAGGUCUUCACCAGUGGAAACAACACUGCAUGUACUUAUCAAAUGAAAAAAAAACAUAGUAUCAGAAUCUUGAACUUCAAGAAACCAUCCUGUGACUGUAAGUAUAGUUUGAGCAAUAGGAAAUUUUUGGUGUAUGAAUAAUCUUUAUGGCAGUAUUAGCCACUCACGGGUUUUUCACGGGAUAAGCUGAUCUUUGUUUUUUUUUUUUGUUCCCCAGUAAGUUAAGCUGAUCUUUGUUGACAUGAGUUAUAUCCUCCUUUAUUUGCUUAUUUGGAGGCUCUCGGAGAUCUGUAUGAAAACCAUGACCUUUAAGCAUGUAACACAUGAUUUUUUGAUCCUUUAUUAUGAUUGGCUCAGUUAACUGAGCCCGGAUGUCAUUGUCGUAGAGUUCGGUAAUCUGCAGAACCUAAAUGAUUUAAGGCCUCCUCCUAAGUCAUUGUAUUGUACAAUAUUUUGACAACUGACGACCUAUUGUGUUAUACUAUUAAGGUUCACCCUAAAAUAUCUUUUUGCAUGUGAUACAAACUGUAAAUUAAUUGGUUUUCCCAGCGUUUGAGUUUAAGGACUUAUUCCCAUGAUCAAGGCUCUGCCUUCGUUUUGUGCUGUUUUAUGUGUUUGCAACAUUAAAAAUUUGGCCACAGUUUUGGAUUGCAUUCACUGAAGUGCUUUAUUUUGUUCUGCCAUAACCAUGGACAUCUCUAUCCUUGUCUAUAUGUUUUCUUUGCAGUUGGUGCCUCUCUUGACUAUUCAUGCAACAAAACAAUUUAUAUAGGGCAUUCCGUUGUGGUCCUUUUGAUUUAUUAACUUUUCUUUAUUAUGGCAGAUAUGAGUUGAUGACCUUUCCCUUGAUACUAUAUUGGAAACCAGUAAGGAAGGUACUCUCAGUAAUCUUUCGUUUGGUGGUGUUCACAUGAGAAAUGCAGGUGCAGAAACUUAGAUACUGUCAGUUGAGUGAAUUACAAUUUUUUUAAAAUUUUCAAGGAUAACAAUGGAGGUACAUCCUAUAUCCAUUCAGAGAUCAGGUGCUAGGCAGCUCUGCAAUUUGGGGGUGUCUGGAACAAUGUCAUCAUCAUUACCAGUCCUUCCAACCCAUCUGGAAGAUACAUAUCCCAAGUUACCACAUUCUCAACCACUCUCUAUGGAAAGAGAAGUUAGGACAAGGCCACAAACCCAUGGACCUCAUGUACCAUCAAACAGUGGAGUAGUUGAUCACAUGUUUUUGUCUUCAUCUGAAUUUUCGAGUGAUCUUCAUUAUUCAUCUGUAUCAUCUCACCAAAAGCAUAUGAACUCUCCUUUUAUUUCUCAAUCAUCAACAAAUGCUGCAUCCUUGCAACUACCACAAUCUUCCCAUUCAGGGAUGCCUAAGUUAACAACAUCCAGUCAUUACUUAAAAGAGAGUAGUUCUUCUUGGUGUCCAGAGUCACUGCCGGUUUAUCUUGAUUUUCCUGUAAACACUCCUGUCCACAAUAGUCAAAUAGAAAGCAGUAAUUGCAGUGAUGUCAUGUCAUCAGAGGACUCAAGUAAAAGAAAUGAUUGGCAGGACUGGGCAGACCAGCUAAUCACUGAUGCUGCUGCUUUGGGUUCUAACUGGAAUGAGCUUCUUGUUGACACCAAUAUGACUGACCUGGAACCAAAGAUGCCAUACCAUGUUUCCAAACCACUAACAAGUAUUCCAGCACAUCAACCCCAAGUUCAUCACCAUCUUACUGCUCCUUUUGGAGAAAUCCGAUCUGCUGUUACCCCCUCUUCCACUCAAAAUAGUGGCCCAGCCAAGCCACGCAUGCGUUGGACGCCAGAACUUCAUGAGGCCUUUGUGGAAGCUGUUAACCAACUUGGUGGCAGUGAAAGAGCUACUCCAAAGGGUGUGCUGAAGCUCAUGAAAGCUGAUGGCUUGACUAUUUACCAUGUUAAAAGCCACUUGCAGAAAUAUAGGACAGCAAGGUUCAGGCCUGAUUCAUCAGAAGGAUCCUUGGAGAAACGAUUAACUCCUCUUGAUGAAAUAUCAUCUCUUGACUUAAAAACGAGUAGUGAAAUUACUGAAGCACUGCGAUUACAGAUAGAAGUUCAAAAGCAGCUGCAUGAACAACUUGAGAUUCAAAGAAAUUUACAGCUGCGGAUAGAAGAACAAGGAAGGUGUCUGCAAAUGAUGUUUGAGAAGCAGAAGUUGGACAUUAACAAGCUGAAAUCAUCACCAUCAAAUCUGGAGAAUCCCUCUACACCAUCUGCAGAUGCAAUUGAAGAUUCCCUCACAAAAAGUGAAUUAAAGGGCACCAAGGUGGACCAUGUAAAGAAAAUCGAUGACAAAAUUAAUGCCAAAGCUUCAUCGGAAGAAAGCUCUCAGGAGAUUAGCAAGAAGCAAAAGACACCUAAUGCAGAAACUUUGGAGAGUGCUGAGCCAAAUGUUUCAGAGUCAAGUUCUCAACCCUCAAAGCGUCCCAGAACUGAUGAAUAGGACAUGAGCAUAAAAUGACAAGGCAAUACUCAUUCAAAGGAAGAUGUUCAUAUUGAGUUAAAGAUGGAGUAAGCUAACUUAUCUAAAUGGAUAGAGCUUUUUGAAGUCCUCUCCCCUGGUUUUUCUAGACAAUUGCUUAUGCACUCUUAUUUUCAGUUGGUAAACAAUGUUGAUAAGAAGUUAAGCAUUAUAAUUAUGGGCUUCAACUCCCCUAACUGUGCCCCGUUUAAGUGAGGUACCUGAAGCUGAUGUUUGAUAAACUAAUGCUGCUUUGGGUUCUAACUUAAUUUGGAGCAAAUAGAUGAACAGGAAAGGUACCUGAAGCUGAUGCUUGAUAAACAAAAGUAAUUGGCAAACUUGAGGCAUCAUCAUCAAAUUUGGACAAUCAUGGAUCAAUCUGUGACAGUCAGUGGCAAAUCUAUGUUGGAAGAAAGCUGGCAGGAGUUUGGGGGCACAAGGGAAAAAUCAUUCACAUGAAACACAGGCUCAUGAGAAUGCUGAGCCAGCAUAAUCUAUCUUGUGAAUUAACUUCUGAACCCUCAAGUAUUCCAAGAAUACUGGAUGAGUGAGCCUUACUAGCUUCAGACAACAAGGCAAUAGUAAUUCUUACCCGUGGAAGAUUUUUAUUAUUAUAGCGGACAGAGCUUCUUUUGCAGUUUGAAUUCCUCUUCCUUGUGUAGUCACCAAGUUCAUGUCAGCCAUCGCUGGGGAGACUCUCCUGUUUAGUCGACUGAAUAAUGUGGAUAAGAAAUAUAAGCCUGAAGCCUCCUACAUAAAAUGCCUGAAUAAAUUGGCAUAACCAAAGCCAAAAUAGUCUAUUUCUUACUGUAAUGUACUAUAAUCCCUGCUAUAUGAAAUUAAAGUUACUUAUGACAAA